AUUUUUUUUUAAUUAUCUAUCUUAGUCAAAAAAAAAAGAAAAUCCCAAAAAACGUUCACAUCGAAAAUAACAUUUACAGGGACAAACAAACUCAUCACCUUUCCUAUCUCUCUCUAUCUCUGCAGUCGUAAAAUACUCUCUACUGUUUUUGCUUCGCUUAUUUAACGAUUCCUCUUUCUAGAUCUUACUCUUCUGGAGUUGUCAUUGCUAUUUUCUUUUUCGGUUUUAUUAUCUAAGUAAAGGCGUGUAUGAUAGCGUGCCUGCUACUUAUCCUCCCACAAGGAACGGAGAAUCCUGCUGUUGCUUUUGUUGAGUUAGAAAGCAAUCCGAACACUCCCUAAUUCAACUUUCAGAUUAGCUCAAUCUUUUCUCUGCGGCCUUCCUUUUACUUUUCCGUUUUGGGACGAAACUUAAAAGCCAUUGCGGUUAGAGCAGGAACAUUGAAUUUCUAGUCACGGGUAUCUUUAGAUGGCGACACUUGGGGAUAUAGGAGUUUCGGCUGCAGUAAAUCUUCUGAGUGCAUUUAUUUUCCUUUUAGCAUUUGCAAUUUUAAGGUUGCAGCCCUUCAACGAUAGGGUUUACUUCCCAAAAUGGUAUCUCAAGGGCUUAAGAGAGAGUCCUACGCACUCAGGAGCGUUUGUGAGGAGGUUUGUCAAUUUAGAUUAUAGGGCGUAUCUGAGAUUUUUAAAUUGGAUGCCUCAAGCACUAAAAAUGCCAGAGCCUGAGCUUAUAGAACAUGCGGGUUUGGAUUCUGCUGUUUACUUGCGCAUUUACUUGAUUGGACUAAAGAUUUUUGUUCCUAUUGCGUUCCUUGCUUGGGCUAUCUUGGUUCCAGUUAAUUGGACAAAUAGUACGUUGGAGUUAGCUAAGCUGAGUAAUGUUACUUCCAGUGACAUUGACAAGCUUUCAAUUUCAAAUAUCCCACUUGGAUCACAAAGAUUCUGGACACAUAUAGUGAUGGCUUAUGCCUUUACUUUUUGGACAUGCUAUGUGUUAAUGAAGGAAUAUGAGAAAGUAGCUACAAUGCGGUUGCAGUUUCUUGCCUCAGAAAGACGUCGUCCAGAUCAAUUUACAGUCCUUGUGAGGAAUGUACCACCAGAUCCUGAUGAAUCCGUUAGUGAGCUUGUGGAACACUUUUUUCUGGUCAAUCAUCCAGAUACCUAUCUUACGCACCAGGUGGUCUAUAAUGCAAACAAACUAGCCAAAUUGGUCAAAAAGAAGAAAAAAAUGCAGAACUGGCUUGACUACUACCAACUUAAGUAUUCUAGGAAUCAAUCACAUAGGCCUUUCAUGAAGACUGGUUUUCUCGGGCUUUGGGGGAAAAAAGUGGAUGCAAUUGAUCACUACACAUCGGAGAUUGAGAAAUUAAGAAAAGAAAUAGCAGAAGAGAAGGAAAGGGUAAAAAAGGAUCCAAAGGUUAUCAUGCCGGCAGCAUUUGUUUCAUUCAAAAGUCGAUGGGGUGCAGCUGUUUGUGCACAAACUCAACAAUCAAGAAAUCCAACUUUGUGGUUAACAGAGUGGGCUCCGGAGCCACGUGAUGUGUAUUGGCAAAAUCUAGCCAUACCAUAUGUUGAGCUCACAAUUAGGAGGUUGAUAAUGGGUGUUGCUUUCUUUUUCCUUACCUUCUUUUUUAUGAUCCCAAUUGGAUUUGUGCAAGUUCUUGCAAACAUUGAGGGAAUUGAGAAAGCUGCCCCCUUUCUGAAGCCUGUUAUUGAAAUAAAAUUUAUUAAAUCAUUUCUCCAAGGUUUUCUUCCUGGUAUUGUAUUGAAGCUUUUCCUGAUCUUCCUGCCAACAAUAUUGAUGAUUAUGUCUAAAUUCGAAGGAUUCACAUCUCUGUCAUCCCUUGAAAGGAGAUCAGCAGCACGAUAUUAUUUUUUCAACAUUGUGAAUGUGUUCCUGGGGAGCAUAAUUGCUGGAACUGCAUUUGAACAACUGAAAUCUUUUAUGAAGCAGUCUGCUAAUGACAUUCCCAAGACAAUUGGUGUUGCUAUUCCAAUGAAAGCAACUUUCUUCAUAACCUACAUAAUGGUUGAUGGAUGGGCUGGAAUAGCUGGAGAAGUUUUAAUGUUGAAACCACUAAUACUCUUCCAUCUGAAGAAUUUCUUCCUGGUGAAGACUGAAAAGGAUAGAGAAGAGGCAAUGGAUCCCGGAAGUCUUGGUUUCAACACUGGAGAACCGCGUAUACAAUUCUAUUUUCUGUUAGGCCUUGUAUAUGCGACAGUAACACCGGCUCUCCUCCCAUUCAUAAUAGUGUUCUUUGGCUUUGCUUAUGUUGUGUUCCGUCAUCAGAUCAUAAAUGUUUACAAUCAAGAAUAUGAGAGUGCAGCAGCAUACUGGCCUGAUGUACAUGGACGUGUAGUCACUGCACUGAUAAUCUCACAGGUGCUUAUGAUUGGACUGUUGAGCACGAAACGUGCUGCCCUGUCAACACCAUUUCUGAUCGCCCUUCCUAUACUCACGAUAUGGUUCCAUAGGUUCUGCAAAGGUCGCUAUGAACCUGCUUUUGUCAAAUAUCCGUUGCAGGAGGCGAUGAUGAGAGAUACCCUGGAACGUGCAAGGGAACCAAACCUGAAUUUGAAAGGAUAUCUUCAAAAUGCAUAUGCACAUCCAGUUUUCAAAGAAGCUGAUGAUGGGGAUGAAGAUGAAGACGAGAUAUUAAGUGAAAAGUUAGAAAGUGAGAGCGUGCUAGUCCCCACAAAACGUCAAUCGCGAAGAAAUACACCUGCGCCAAGCAGAAUAAGUGGUGCUUCCUCACCCUCACUGACUGAGGCUAUCAAGAAACAUCCAGAGCCUUAA